AUGGUAGAGGCGCUGGAAGAGUUCAAGAAGAUAGCUGGGAGCAAGUCGCAAUGGGGAUUAGUCAUCAUUGAUCGGACAGCACCCGACACUAUCUACACGGCCACUAACGGCUCUCCACUCUUGAUCGGUUUUUCUGCCCAAGAAGACGAAAUACUGGUAGUCUCCGAACGCAUCGCUUUCGAAAAACACGUCAACUGUUUCUUCCCUUCCAACGACAACGAGGUUUUCGAGCUCAAGGUCAACGAGAUCCCCCAGCUCAAGGAAAAAAUGCGCGAUAGACUCACCCACAUAACCGAGCCGCAAAAGGUGGAGCUGCGUCCUCCCGCCCAGUACAAAAACUGCUACUAUGCUGCCCUGGCAAGUGAGUAUUUCUUCAAGAAACUGCGCUGUUUCCGCAAAGUUAACUUGGUGGACCCCGUGGAGAUGGAGGCAUCGGAUAUCACAGAGAACGAAACAGUUGUGCUGAUCAGUCAAUCGGGCGAGACCAAGGAUCUAAUAAGCAUCGUGGGCGAUUGCAAGCACAGGGAGAGCGUAAAGACCAUCGGCAUCAUCAACGUGGAGGGGUCUACCCUGGCGAGGAAGGUCGACUACCCCAUCUACAUCAAGGUGGGCAGGGAGGUGUGCGUGGCUGCCACCAAGAGCUUCUUCCACCAGGUGCUCAACCUCAUCAGGAAUAAAGAGUCACUGUACUUACUGGGCAAGCGUGAAUCCAUGGCCAUCGCGAGGGAGGCUGCCUUGAAGAUCAAGGAACUUAACUACAUCCACGCUGAGGCCUUAGGAGCAUGCGAGAUGAAGCACGGUCCUAUCGCCCUCAUCGAGAGCGACAGGAAGUUGGAGACAGCAGUUAUCCUGUUCGUCCUGCGCGGGGAGACCUUCACUGUGAUGAUGAACGCCCUCGACCAGAUGCACUCACGCAACGCCUUCGUCAUCAUCAUCACCGACUGCGAGGAGGACAUCGAGGAGCAGCACCGGCGGGAGGUGGAGAAGAUCUAA